AUUACUAGACUCAGCAUAUCUCUGACAGAGGCAGAACCAAAACGGGCCUGGUCUGCGUUUCAACACGGACACUUGAAUCCGCCGAACACCGGAUAAAGCGUAGUAGUAUUAAAAACAUUCCUACAUUGUAUACAUUCGUUUUUGCAUAUCUUGAAGUCACUUAUGAUUUACCCUAUGAAUUUGAAGUUCUAGGCAACGUUCGCAGUGGUGCAUUCAAAAAAAGAUGACUACUCCGAGAGCCCUCCCCCAAAGCAAGGAGACGCUUCUUCAGAACUACAACAAGAGGCUGAAGGAUGACGUCCGGUCCAUCGUGGACAACUUCUCUGAAAUUAUCAAAACGGCCAAGAUAGAAGAUGAGACUCAAGUUUCGCGAGCAACACAAGGAGAGCAAGACCAUUAUGAAAUGCAUGUCAGGGCAGCCAACAUUGUGCGAGCGGGAGAGUCCCUGAUGAAGCUAGUCUCGGACCUGAAGCAGUUCCUCAUCCUGAACGACUUCCCUUCAGUCAACGACGCCAUCACCCUGCAGAACCAGCAGCUCCGCUCGCUGCAGGACGAGUGUGACAAGAAGCUCACGUCCCUCCGCGACGAGAUCGCUGUCGACCUCUAUGAGCUAGAGGAAGAAUAUUACUCCUCCAGGUACAAAUAAGACUACCCGCUGCAUUGUAGUCCCAUGCCUAGAGCCAUGUCAUCCCACUUCCUUUGACCAUUCACCGCUGAGCCUUUUGAAAAGUUGAGCCCAAAUCUCCACUGGAGCACGGUGUUGUCUCUGCCUCUUGGCCGAUGAAUGAGUGACUGGUUCAGGGUCUGGUCAGUCACAUGAGACCUCAUGAAACUCAUCUCAAUUAGGUCUACCAUACACCGUCAACUGUCACUGAAAUAAGUGCCUUUUAUUUUUGUUAAAUGUCUUGUUUUUUUUGUGUGUCAUAGUAACUGUAGCUGGUAAAGUAGAGUGUUGAAAGUAAUUAUUAAAGGUGUGGCUACCAGUAGCCCCCUGCAGUAUAUCAAUCAAUUUGAAUGUCACUACAGCAACUUUGACGUGCAUAAGAUUAAAUCAAAAAUUUCUUUACACACUGUUCAAGCAAGGUGAGGUUAAAAUAGCACAGCUUGGUGGGUCUCUAAUUGUAUUGUCUAGGAUGCAUUUUUGAGACAGUCCUCCACACCCACAUUUCAUGGAAUGCAAACAAUGUUACCCCGUAUAUCCAUGUGACUAUAAUCGCUGAAUAGAUGCAUGAAUGUUUUCGGCUUUUAUUUUGCUCUACAGGGAAAUGGAUUUCUAACACCUUCUGAACCAAAACAAUAUUUUCAAUAAUAUUUGACCUACUGCUCUUUAAAGAGGGCCUUUUAGACAACGUACCAUGGCACCAUAUGUAGAGUUUGAGUUAGGUAGAUAUAGAUUGCUUGCUCAGAGCUGAUUUUAUUCAUUUGAGAUCAAGUUAAAAAAAUUGCAUGUACCCAUGUUUACUUUUUUCAGAGGCCUAGAGACUCGGGCUUCUGUAAAAGGUCAAGUUUGUUUCUUGUAGAUUCCGUCCUUAUCAGUGGAGUCAAAGCUGUAUCUAUGCAAGGCAUGUCCAUCCAAUAUGGUUGAAUGUUUUUGGGGUCAUUUCUUUUCCUAGAGCCUAAGCAUUUGAGAAAUAAAGUAGACAAAACGUU